AUGCCGGGGGUCAACUGUUCCGUCUUUGGCUGUGGUUCGUGUAGAAGGACUAAGGGAAUGGGUAUUUGGAAGCUACCUCUAGCAAAGGACGAAGCACAUGGAAAAUGGCGAGACGAAUGGCUUGGCGAGAUAAAAAAGACCAGAGAAAUGGAUCAGAAUUUCAGGGAACAGUUAAAGAACGACAGAAUUUAUACUUGUGAGAGGCAUUUUGCGCCUGAAGAUAUCGAAAUAUGUAAGUAUACUUAUUCCUUUGAUUGUGUGAGUUUUAUUUGUGUUUUUCGCAUAUUUCUUGACAGCUCUUGACCGGUGCUUUGAUCUGCUGUCUGAAGUUCUUUCUGAAAGCGGACAUAGUUUUUGUUUAACUAUUUCGAAAUGUGACAAUUUUAACCUUUCUCUCAUAGUUCACUCAGAGAAAAUGACCAAAAAGAAGCCCAGAUUUGGUGCUUUACCGACGCUAAACUUGCCAAAGAAAAGUCAUGAAAGCCGCAAGCCUGCACCACGUCCGGAACGAUCGAUUGUAAAAGAUAACAAGGAGCCUCUUCCAAACCGUUAUUAUAAGGGAUUUAACGAACUUUGUCAGAGAGUGAAAAGCCUAAAAAGUCUUAAAAAUUGGAAAGUGAAGAUCAAGGAGGACAGAAUAUUGCUGAAGAAAAGGUUGGAUCCAUACGUGCUUCCACAGUUGGAAAUUGUUGUGGAUGACAGUCUUGGCUUUACUGUGAAGGUUUUUGGUUCAUAUUUACCAGAAGAUCACCCUAUAUACCUCGAGUAUCGUCGAACAGUGCAAAAUGUUACUGUGUCCAGCUUAAUUAAGGAACUGGAGGGGUACAGAUUGUGUGAUGGAGUUUCAACUUUGGAACUUAGUGGCAAAAUGUUUCAUCAUGUCAUACCAGUAAUUCAUGAUUCACUUGGGGAAGAAGAAGAGGAGCAGCAGUUCCCACAUAAGGGAUUUUGGAGAGCCAAAGGGUGUCUGCUGUUGAACCAGCAAGUUGAUAUCUGCAAUGAAUGUGAUGAAUUUGUAAGCUCUGUCGAAAAUGCAAGGAAAGGAAAAGAAAGUCGAUCAGCAAAACCUGCACAUGUUAAAGCACCUGUUUCCAAGACAGACCCAGAGCGCAUAAAGUUAACUUUACAGGGACAAAGACUGAGGUGUGCUGAGCUUGAACGGCAGUUGAAUGACAUGCAGGCAGAAUUAAAAAAGUCCAAUAUUGAAAUAGAUCAUGAACUUAGUGAUGACUUCAGUAGAAUUCUUGGUUCAGCCCAAAACAUCACUCCAUUUAUGAGUCUAUUUUGGCAGGAGCAAAAAAAAGCUGUUCUCAAAAAGCAGCACGGGAGUACGUUUUCAUCCCAUGAUUAUUCGUUUUUGUCUCUCUUUGGCAGCUAA